AUGACAUCCGUAGCUAAACUCGUCAUCGUCGCAUUGGAAGGUUGCCACGGAUGUGGCAAAAGCGCACUCUGUGCCGAGUUUGAAGCGCAGGGAUACGACAUCUUGGACGAGGCGUUCAUGAAAAUGCCCUCGUAUGCUCUCCACCCGCAGUCGCUCCUCAUGGAAACGUCCUGGGUCUGCUCCUGGUUCGAACGCGUGUUGCGUCUUGCUGACCGCGUCAAGCCAACGAGGAAACAAGUGUUCAUUGCUGAUCGCUCGCCCUUCAGUGCCGUGCUCUACUCUGCCAAUGGCCGUUUGCUAGAGCCGGUUAUUCGGGCGCAAAUGAAAGAAGUUCAAGACUUUGCUCAUGUGCAGUUUUACACAGUCCACGUGCAAGUGGAUCGCGAGCUUCUAUGGCGUCGCAUCUGCGCGCGGAUUGCGCUGGAGCCCGAACGGCUGCGACUGAAUGAACACAAACGGGAGUGGAUGGACGAGACGCUCGAUUUUUACCAAAGUUUUGCCUGGGACUUUACCGUGGCAAACGACGAGCGCAGCGUGGCAGUCAUUGCCGCAGCCAUCCGUCGAUUGUUGGUCGAGAAAGACGAUACGUUCGAAGCUGUGCACAAGUGCACGAAACCAAGAGCGACAUCGUCCCACUCGACGUCGAAUAGCAGUCUAUUGGGCACGGACAGCGAGUGCGAAAGUGUCGAGGAAGAAACGUCGUCGGACGCUGAAUGGAACUCAAAGGAGGCGGACACGCGCGUGAGGAGCAUUAUAGCCUUCAACAACACGCCACCUACGGACGGGUUAUAG